AUGGUCAAGAAGCAAGUUAGCAAUGCCUACGUCCUCGGCGUGGGCAUGACCAAGUUCAUCAAGCCGCGCGGCAAGGUUGACUACAAUGAGCUCGGCUACGAGGCGGGUAUCAAGGCCAUGCUUGAUGCUAAGAUCAACUACGACGAUGUCGACCAGGGUGUUGCCUGCUACGUUUACGGCGACAGCACUUGCGGCCAACGCGUAUUCUAUCAAUUCGGUCUGACCAACAUUCCUAUUUACAAUGUGAACAACAACUGCUCAACUGGCUCGACUGGUCUGGCUAUGGGUCGCACCAUGGUUGCCCACGGUGCCGCUGACUGUGUUCUUGUUGUUGGAUUCGAGAAGAUGAAUCCCGGUAGCUUGCAAUCCAUGUAUAACGAUCGCGCCAACCCCACCGGUCUUUUUGGAAUGAUGAUGGCCGAGACCCGCGGAAUCACAAACGCCCCAGGUGCUGCUCAAAUGUUUGGAAACGCCGGUCGGGAAUAUAUGGAGAAGUACGGUGCUAAGAAUGAGGACUUCGCCGAGAUCGCUCGUAUCAACCACGAACACUCCAAGCGCAACCCCUACUCCCAGUUCCAGCAGGAAUACACCCUUGAGCAGAUUAUGAAGGCACCUAUGAUCCAUGAGCCUCUUACCAAGCUCCAGUGCUGCCCGACCUCCGACGGGGGUGCCGCCGCCGUCAUUGUCUCCCAGGAGUUCCUUGAUGCUCGUCCCCACCUGAAGGACCAGGCUAUCCUGAUCGCUGGUCAAACCCUUGCUACCGAUUCCGAGGCAGUCUUCAACAAGAGCUCGAUUGAUCUGAUGGGUUUCGCCAUGUCGCGCCAUGCUGCCCGCACCGCCAUGGCUGAAGCUGGCGUGAAAGUUGGUGACAUCAAGGUCUGCGAAUUGCACGAUUGCUUCUCAGCCAACGAGAUGAUUACUAUCGACGCCCUUGAGCUAUGUGAGCCCGGCAAGGCCCACGAGAUGGUUCGUCGCGGCGACAUUACGUAUGGGGGCAAAAUGGUCAUUAACCCCUCUGGUGGUCUCAUCUCCAAGGGCCACCCUCUUGGUGCAACUGGCAUAGCCCAGUGUGCUGAGCUGGUCUGGCACCUGCGUGGCUGGGCGAACAACCGCUUGGUUGAAGGUACCAACGCUGCCCUCCAGCACAACCUCGGUUUGGGUGGUGCUGUUGUCGUCACGGUGUACAAACGCCCCGAUGGCAAGGUUUCUGUCGCAGUGCCUUCCGAGGAGGUUGCCAAGAUCACUGGCCUUGGUUACAACCCGGCUGUUGAGGCUCGCGGCUUCACUGCCGAGCAGGCCAAGUCGGUGAUGAGCAAGAAGCACAGCAGUGAAUUCGCCAUUGCUGAUGCCCAGGAGCGCGUUCUUGCCCGAUUCUAA